CAGGAAGACUGGAUCACCAGGAGGCUUUUCAGGACAUUAUCAAGGCACUCGUUUUUGUGGCUGCUUCCAGGUAAUAAUGGCUGUAUGAGUGUCUGCCAUGGCCCACCGCAAGCGCCAGAGCACUGUGAGCAGCAUGUUGGACCACAGGACCAGGCCAGGUCCUAUCCCCCACGACCAGGAGCCUGAGAACGAAGACACAGAGCUGCCUUUGGAGAGCUAUGUACCCACCGGCCUGGAGCUGGACACUCUGCGGCCAGAGAGCCCCACACCUGAGGAACAGGAGUGCCACAACCAUAGCCCUGAUGGGGACUCCAGCUCUGACUAUGUCAACAACACAUCUGAGGAGGAGGACUAUGAUGAGGGCCUCCCAGAGGAGGAGGAGGGUGUUACCUACUACAUCCGGUAUUGUCCUGAGGAUGACAGCUACCUGGAGGGCAUGGAUUGUAAUGGGGAGGAGUACAUAGCCCACGGUGCACAUCCCGUGGACACCGAUGAAUGUCAGGAAGCAGUGGAGGAGUGGACGGACUCAGUGGGCCCUCAUACUCAUAGCCACGGGGCUGAAAACAGCCAGGAAUACCCGGACAGCCACCUGCCUAUCCCAGAGGAUGACCCUUCUGCCCUGGAGGUCCACGACCAGGAAGAAGAUGACCACUACUGUCCCAGCAAAGAGAGCUACCAGGACUAUUACCCCACAGAGGCCAAUGGGAACACAGGUGGCGCCUCCCCAUAUCGCGUGAGGCGUGGGGAUGGGGACCUGGAGGAUCAAGAGGAAGACAUCGACCAGAUAGUGGCUGAGAUCAAGAUGAGCCUGAGCAUGACCAGUAUCACCAGUGCCAGUGAGGCUAGCCCUGAGCACAUGCCUGAGCUGGAUCCUGGGGACUCCACAGAGGCCUGUCCACCCAGCGAGACUGGCCAUGGGCCCAAUAGGCAUGAGGCGAGGCCCAAGUCGCUGAACCUCCCCACUGAGGUUAAACACCCUGGAGACCCCCAGAGAGGACUCAAGACCAAGACCAGGACCCCAGAGGAGAGGCCAAAGUGGCCCCAAGAGCAGGUUUGCAAUGGCUUGGAGCAGCCAAGGAAGCAGCAACGCUCUGAUCUCAAUGGACCCACUGACAAUAACAACAUCCCAGAGACAAAGAAGGUGGCAUCGUUUCCAAGCUUUGUGGCUGUUCCAGGGCCCUGUGAGCCGGAAGACCUCAUCGAUGGCAUCAUCUUCGCAGCCAACUACCUGGGCUCCACCCAGCUGCUCUCUGAGCGUAACCCCUCUAAAAACAUCCGAAUGAUGCAGGCUCAGGAAGCUGUCAGCAGGGUCAAGAAUUCUGAGGGCGAUGCUCAGACACUGACGGAAGUAGACCUCUUCAUCUCCACCCAGAGGAUCAAGGUUUUAAAUGCUGACACGCAGGAAACCAUGAUGGACCAUGCCUUGCGCACCAUCUCCUACAUUGCAGACAUCGGGAACAUCGUGGUUCUGAUGGCCAGACGCCGCAUGCCCCGGUCAGCCUCUCAGGACUGCAUUGAGACCACGCCUGGGGCCCAGGAGGGGAAGAAGCAGUACAAGAUGAUUUGUCACGUGUUCGAGUCAGAGGACGCCCAGCUGAUAGCCCAGUCUAUUGGGCAGGCCUUCAGUGUGGCCUACCAGGAGUUCCUGAGGGCCAAUGGCAUCAACCCUGAAGACCUGAGCCAGAAGGAAUACAGCGACAUCAUAAAUACCCAGGAGAUGUACAAUGAUGACCUCAUCCACUUCUCCAACUCGGAGAACUGCAAGGAGCUGCAGCUAGAGAAGCACAAGGGUGAGAUUUUGGGUGUGGUGGUCGUGGAAUCAGGCUGGGGCUCCAUCCUGCCCACUGUGAUCCUGGCGAAUAUGAUGAAUGGCGGGCCUGCAGCUCGUUCAGGGAAGCUGAGCAUUGGGGACCAGAUCAUGUCCAUCAAUGGCACCAGCCUGGUGGGGCUGCCCCUUGCUACCUGCCAGGGCAUCAUCAAGGGCCUGAAGAACCAAACGCAGGUAAAGCUCAACAUUGUCAGCUGUCCGCCGGUCACCACGGUCCUCAUCAAGCGUCCAGACCUCAAGUACCAGUUGGGCUUCAGCGUGCAGAAUGGAAUCAUCUGCAGCCUCAUGAGAGGGGGUAUUGCAGAGCGAGGUGGUGUCCGCGUCGGCCACCGUAUCAUCGAGAUCAACGGACAGAGUGUGGUAGCCACAGCCCAUGAGAAGAUAGUCCAGGCUCUGUCUAACUCCGUGGGAGAGGUCCCUGCAGGUUCAGGCAGUCUGCCAAACUCCCUCUGGUGGCCACCUGGUGACCAUGCAGAUUCACAUGAAGACCAUGCCUGCGGCCAUGUUCAGACUCCUCACAGGCCAGGAGACCCCUCUGUACAUCUAGGUUCACCCAGCCUCGCCAUGGAGCAGGGACGCCAGGCAGACCCACCUGGGCCCAGAGGAGCCAGAAAGCCAGGACAAAGCCCUGACCCCUGACCCCACAGCCCAGCCAAGAACUCUGGCUCCCCUGAAGGGUGUGUCCUCAUCA